AGGCACAGUAACAGAAUCUUCCUGAAGCAGGGCUCUUAUUUUCUUAUUGCAUGUUGAUUUAGAUAAUGUAAGGCACUGUUUACCAAUAAAUGUUUUCCAAAAAUCCACUGAAUGACAAAUAAUUGGAAAUAAACAUCCUUUUCGUCUAUAUAUACCUGACAAGAUAAAUUGCAGUAUACACUUUUAUUCGUCUGAAUGACUUUUUAGAUGGUGUCUGUAAAUAAAAUUAGAAAAUCGAACUGUUUUAAUGCAUAAAUGCCAUUUUCUAAAUGUUUGACCCAUUUAUUUGUUAUUAUGCCUGUUUAAAGGGCGUACAAUGCUCACUGAUUGUGCUUUGUUUAAAUCAGUCUAUGAUUUAAACAUAUCAGAAGAGUUAAUCAAGCACUUUUUUUAUUUAAAAACACACACACAUGCAUGAUUAAAUGAUCUAAUUAUCACCUCUGAUUGCCCAAUCACCACUAAAUGCUGCGUCAGCGCUGAGAAAAACAACGUCAUCGUCAAGUCACAUGACGCCCAGUCUAUGACGUAAGGCUAAAUGCGGAAAAUGUCGGUUGGCAGAAAACCUGGAUCGACUGUUUCAACUCUUCGAGGCUUUUCACGGUUGUAUUAUGAUUUACAGAUCAGUAAAUAUCCUCACAAACUGCACAUUCUGAAGAUCGCCUACUUUCUGGGUCACAUAAACACAGAUAAAUUACUCUGAACUUUAUGGGAUAACGGCAGAGAUUUAUAAGGCAUCGAGAUGGCCAAACCUGCAGAACAAGCUUACUACCGGUUUGUGGUCCUGUUUUUUAACUGUAUGCUGACAUUCGGCUCUUAUUUCUGCUUCGACAUUCCCAGUGUCCUGCAGGAGCAGUUUCAAGGGAACUUGACGUGUCCAAACGGGACGGUGAGUAACAGCACCGGGAAUGGCACAGGAACAUGUGUGGAAGGUUUGGGAAUGACACCACAGGAGUAUAAUCUACUCUACGCCAUCUACGCCUGGACGAAUGCUGUGGUGGUCAUCAUGGCGGGAUUCCUCAUUGAUAAAUUGGGAAAUCGCUUUGGCGUUUUCCUGUUCUCCUUCUUGACUGUUUUGGGAUCAGCUAUCUUUGCAUUAGGGUCUCAUUUUAAGGGCACAACCUACCUGUUGCCACUCAUGCUGACCGGACGACUUCUGUUUGGCUCUGGAAACGGAUCUUUGACCAUUGUCCAGAACAGGAUCACAGCGUUCUGGUUUCGGGGGAAGGAGCUGGCUUUGGCGUUCGGACUGACUUUGGCAUUUUCCCGCUUGGGCUCAGUUCUCAACUUCUUCCUAACGCAGAGGUUUGAGUCGCAGUACGGCAUGCAGUGGACACUGUGGGGAGGCACGCUCCUGUGUGUUCUGGGGUUCCUGUCUGCUGUUACGGUCAGUGUUCUGGAUAAGAUGGGCAUGAAGCAGCUGGGUUUGGACGGUGCCAUUCAGGAAGAGUCCCGCAAAGUGAGAGUGCAGGAUGUGAAGCGUCUCUCUCUCAGAUAUUGGCUGCUGGUUCUCACCAUCAUGUUCUUCUAUAAUGGAAUUUUCCCCUUCAUCGCUGAUGCCAGUACGUUUAUCCAGGAUAAGUACAGUGGGUACAGUCAGAAGGAGGCGGCGUACAUCGCAGGCGCAGUUUAUGACAGUUCACUGGUCCUGGCAGCUGCGGUCGGGAUCCUCAUCGAUUAUGUGGGUCUGCGUGGUGUGUUUGCGGUGCUCUGUGCAGUGUUGACUCUGCCUGUGUUUGGUCUUCUGGCCUUUACAUUCGUCCCUCCUCUCGUAUCCACCGUCUGGCUCGGCAUCACUUACUCAUUUGCAGCUGGAAGCACUCUCAAUAAGACCACUAAGAGAUCAACGGCUGAAACCACUCCGGCUCUGAUGGACAGAGAACCACUGAUGAAUGAAGAGGAACAUGAGGAAAACAAUCCCUCCAUCAACAGGACAUAGAGAAGACCCCGUCUCAUGCUUAUUCUGGGACAUUAGACUUUACCACCAGGGAAAACACAAGCAUGUCAUACAGUAUUCAGUAUUAAUGCUUAAAAUUAAUUCAGGUAUACCUUGAGCUGAGGCCAGUGAUGAAACUCUAUUCUUCACUAGUUUAUACUUUUAAAAGUGGCAGAUGAUCAAUAAUCAUCUCUUUUUAAUACUGUGGAAGAUGUAAACAUGGGAGGAUUGUCAAAGGUUACCUGCUGUAUGUCCUCAAACAAACUUCAGGAAGUAUUUUUGUGUCUUAUGAGUCCGGAGGAAUUUUAUUGUCAUACUAAUAUGAGGAAAUCAAAGGGUUUUAUCUGUAAAUUUACUACAUUUUGUGUUUUUUUAAUCGUGUUACAUUCAGGAUGCAUGAAAUGAUUAUGUUGCCUUUGUACGUGUAUUAAUGGUUGCUUAUAAAAUGAUUGAUUAAUGUGCAUUUUGUACAUUUUUUUGUAAAAAAAUAAAAAUUGUUUUAUGCUACCAAGA